GAGCGUAUGAGCGAGCUGCUAUGAAGCUCGAGUUGAAAAGGCAAGUAGAAGUGUAUAUGCUGCCUCCUGUGUCCGGCGCUCGUUCGGCAAAGUCACUCCGCUCAAGGGUUGCUGAAGGACGGAGGGCUUUCUGAACCUUCACGUUGGUGCUCCUCGUGUCUACAUGACCGACGAUAUCACCGCGCACCAAGAUGAGCUGUGUCCAUAUGGCUACGAACGUCAUCGUGUGGUCGGCUUUGUGUGCUUUGCAGAGGAGAACGCUCGACCUCGUGGGAAGGGGCACACCACACAGCUACUGACUGAGCUGUCCAGGAGCUGUGAGCACGACGGCGCUGGCAUUGGUUGAGGAGCAGGUAUGCAGAGCGCGAUUUGCUCGCAAACUGCUAGCGUGCAGAUCGAGUAUUGAGUCUGCCGCAAUUCGAGGGAAGAGGGUCCGGAGGGACACGUUGGUGGUGCAAGCGUCUUGCUCUGCUGGGAUUUUGUGUUCGUAGUGGGCUUUGGCGGCGGCGCCCGCCCUGCGCAAAGCAUUCCAAGGGGUGCACCUCGUAUGAGAGCUUGCACCAUCAGACUGCCGUGGAUGUUUGCCGAGCACCCAAUUCGAAUCGCCUCUCGACAGUCAUUUUCCGCAUCAAGUCGUUCGCCUUGCAUUGGUGUUGCGGACCAAUUCUACGCCGAGGGACCCAAAAACGCCUUGCAGACAGAGGUAGAAUUUCUUAGAGAUGCCAGUGAGCGGUUGCAUGCCACAAAGGUAUCAAAGGCUCCAUUUGGAGUGCCUGUCGCCCUCCUCCUACAACAGCGCCAAGAGUAGCAUUGUGCUAAUGGGACCAACACCGAAGACUCGUUCUUUGCGGAAAGCACUGCGCACGUCCCAUCGAAUCGUUGUGUAAGCCGUUUGAGACGGCAGACCAGGACACUGUGUGUGGAGAUCGCUGGAAAGACAGGAAAAUACAUCGUCAAGGCUUUGCAGCGCUGCUUGGACCCUUGGAGGGGGAUGAAGGAAAGCUGACGGACACUGAAGUAGAAAGUAGUGCGCUGGACGCAGAAGCCUCCGUGUAUGCACUUUUGCGGGCACAGAUCCGCUAACCGUAUCCGUUAGAGGUCGUUGUGUGCUCGAAUGUGCGCACCGCGAGAGCGCUUAUUGGCGCGCGAUGGCGAUGUGAUGAAGAGGUCGCAAGCAUGACGGCAAGGAGCAACGCCGCGCCUCGGAUACGACUCAGCACUGUGUGAGGCGAGCGAGCUAAUGAAUCGUAGGAUGGGACCACCGAAAAGCCAGUGUGAAUCGACCUGGCAGGCUGCAAGCUGGCGCAGAUGGCAGACCCGCUCAAGGCGGGUUCCUCUUGAGCACUCUUCAGGCAUGGCGGGGACUUUGACGUGUUGCUAGCAGCAGAGAGUCGGUGCGCGCAUAUGUAGAUGCGUAGAAGACCAAGAGAGGCGAGCGUUCAAGGGCGGUAGACAUAUGCAGAUGAUCAUCAGAGUCUAGACAGGUAAACAAACGAUGAGCAGGGGCGGCGCGAACCACAAUCCCCAAAAUGCGCAUCUGUGGUUCAAAGCAGCGCACUCAUCGAUCUGCGCGCCGUCAGCGUUCCUCUUGGCAACAUUGCAUGCUGAUGGGCAUUCGCCAGUCCUGUCCAAAGUUCAACCGAGGUCCGGCAGCCUCGUGCUAAUCGCCCACCGCUCGGCUUGUGUGCGCACUUGCUCAGGAGGCCACGCAUGGAGCUGGAGGUGCGCUUGAUCGGUUGCCAGACCGACGCCUGUCGAGCAUUCGAGGCUGUUUGUGCGUAAAGAUGAGCCCGCCAUCGCUCCACUCAUGGGUAGGCUGAGCUUGUCGACGAGGUGGGGCUGAGAUCUAAGCUGACUGAGCACACCUAUAGCAGAGCACAGCUUGCCAUGCAGCACCCAACUCACCCGAGACGAGCGCGGUGUGACAGGGCUGCUGCGCUAAGCGUGCCAUGCUCGCCGGACUCACUAGGCUCGCACCUCGCACCCUCCCCUCGAAGACCAGCGUCUGGGAUGUUGCAGAGUAAUGUCCCGCCCUCCUCUGCCUCAAAAUACGGUAAAGUCGGUCGCGAGCGUGAGGCGAGCUGCACCAUGCCGCCAUGCUUGCGCUCUACCGAGUAGCUCACAGCCGCUGAAGGGACAAGCUGUGCACAAGCUUGACAUCUACAGGGCAUGGUAGCAGCACAACUUUGCCCAAGCGCACCUUCAAGAAGUGGUGGAUGAGUGCUGAGCAGGGCAAGAUGCGGUCCAGGCGCGCUUAUCGUACCGACUGCCGGCUUGCAGGUCGAACGGGC